UAUUAUAUUGUGUUCGCGUAUAUAAUGGUUAACGAUAUUUUUAUAUAAAAAUCUAUGUGAAUGUGACAAAAUUUUCGAGAAACUCUCUGCGUGUUUGAACAAAUAUUAUAUAUACUCUAGGCGGCGAUAUAUGUAGGAAGAAAUGUCGGCGUUAAUUUCUUCGAUGCCGGUCAAAUGAAAACCGACCGCUCAAUGUCGUCGCGUGCUUUUUGUUGAUGUAAUAGCAAUUUGUUUUGCGACAAUUUUUUAAAAUUAUUGAUUUCGUGUCUUACAAUUGCUAGGGGUAAUACUUAAUUUUUACUUACAACUGGCGUUUGCAAUCAUGAAUUUAUAUCAUAUAAACAAGAAUGUAACUCGUUUUUUAUUGUACGCUGAAUAUGACCACAAAAAAUGGUCGAAACGUUCGAUAAUUGAAUAAAGAGUGAAUUUGUUUUGCGCACUGACUUCUGUAUGUAUAAUAUAUAAUUUUCAAGCAUGAUUAAACUGGCAACCUUUCUUUAUUCUACAGAAACGCAUUACAAGAGAAGAGAUAUUGUGGAAACGAUCUUCAUAAAAAUAUAUAAAGGUUCCAUAAAUUUAAAAAAAGACACAAACAAUUUAAAUUUAAUAUACGAUUCGAUUCUUAAUAUCAUAUACGCUUCCCUCGAAAUAAUAUAUCUCUCUAAGUCACUGCUAUUGUUUUGAUACCAACACAGAGAAUUUAGUACGUAUUGAAAUCUCGUUCGAUACACAUCGUCUCUCGACUCACCACACGACUUAAUUUCAACGUACCUGUGUAAUAAAAUAAAGUUUUGUGGUGUGUUUAAGUUGACUAAUUUUCUUUAGAUAUGAUUAUCUUUCUUUUUAACGGGUUUCUCUUAUUGUGCUUUAUUGUUACUACGGUACCGGAUGUUCUGGAGCGGGAUUCAUCGGGACCUGUGAAAUUUGUGAGCCGUCGUCCGACCCCGCCAAUGUGCAGCUACAGUGAAGAUAAUUCGGUAUUGAAAGUGCGAUGCUCCAAAUUGAAAUCGCACAAAAUCCCGUUAGAUUUGAAGACGGACAUACAGGUACUAGAUUUAACCUGGAAUCAAGUGACGAAACUGAAGAACGACAGUCUCCAUCUUUACAAGAACCUGACCUUCAUCUAUCUAGGUGACAAUUCUAUCACUGAAAUCGAAGAGGCAGCCUUCGCCAAUCAGCCUUACCUGCAGGUGCUGGAUCUGUCGCACAACUUUUGCAACUCUCUGCCCAAAAGUCUCUUCCAAUUGCCGUAUCUUCACUCGCUCUAUCUUAGCCGUAACAUGCUCACCGAUUCCGUGUUCAAGGUAAAGGUCACAUCGCCCCUUAAAGUGCUGGAGCUAAGCAGCAACUGGCUAACCGGGAUUCCGAACAUAGGUGUCCAGCCGACUCUCCUUAAUCUGAACCUGUCCGACAACGAAAUCACUUCGAUCAACACCGAGGAUCUGGCGCCGUUCUGUUCGCUGAAAGAGCUCGAUUUGACCAUGAAUAGAAUCAGAUUUAACGCGCGCAGUUGCGAUUGUGAGACGUUCAGCGCAUGGCUAAAGCUACGACAGAUCAAGAUAAAGCCCGACUCUUUCUACGAAUGCAAUGAUUCACCGGCACAGCGCAAGGCCUGCGCAAACGUGAGAUUUAGCGAUCGGACAAACGAGCUCUUCAACGAGUGCUCCCCUGUCAAACAGCAGGAGGAGACCGUGAAGCCUCGAUCUGUCUGGAUAUACAUCUUCCCGUGCGCUUUGGUGUUUUUCCUCGUGAGCUUCGGGUCGUUGUUAUGCGCGUACAAGCGGAACUGUAUGUGGCGCAAGAAGCAGAAGUAGCAGAAGGAGCAACAACUAAUUGUGAUCUACGACAAGACCGAGCUGCUCCAACAGCAAUCUGAUGAUAAUUACGCGAUGCUUAAAAUUGAAAUCGCACGAAAUCUCGUUAGAUUUGAAGGCGGACAUAUAGAUAUGAGAAUCUUUCUCUUCAACGGGUUUCUUUUACUGGGCUACGCCGUAGCCUCAUUAUCGAGUAUUUACCUGGAUUCAUCGGAAUCCGAGGAAACAAUGGACCACUGCCACUACAUCAUAUCUAAUUCGUUAUUGGAAGCGCGAUGCCCUAACUUCCAAUUGUCCAAAAUCCCGUUAGAUUUGAAUCCGGACAUACAGGUGCUCAAUGUUACUGGGCACUUGUUGCUACGCUUGACUAACGAUAGUCUACAUCCUUACAAGGAGCUCGUCGCCAUUUCUCUACAUUACUUAGUGCUUCGUAAAAUUGACAAUGCAGUCUUCGCCAAUCAGCCUUACCUGGAAGUGCUGGAUCUCAGGUACAACGUUAUCAACUAUCUGCCCAAAAGUCUCUUCCAAUUGCCGUAUCUUCACACGCUCUAUCUCGGCCACAACCUGCUCUACGAUUCUGUGUUCAACGUCACCUCGCCUCUCAGACUGCUGGAGCUGAGCAAGAAUUUGCUCACCGUGAUCCCGAACAUAGGCAUCCAGCCGACCCUCUUUAUCUCGACGUGCGUUCAACGCCUGGGUGAAGCUACGACAAAUCAAGAUGAAGUCCGAUCUUUACAAAUGCACCGAUCCACCAGCAGUUUUUACAAGGACUGCGCCAACGUGAGAUUCAGCGAUCGGACGCACAAGCUGUUCAACGAGUGCUUGGCAAUGAAAGGGCGGAAGAUGGAGAUCGUGAAGCCUCGAUCGUUUUGGAUAAGCGUCGUAUCGUGCGUCUCGGUGUUCCUCUUCGUGGUUUUCGUGGCGUUGUUCUUCGUGCACAAGCGGUACCGUAGCCGGUAUAUGAAGCAGGAGGAGCAGCUAACGGCGGUCUACGACAACACCCAACUAAUCAAACAACAACUUGACGAUGAUUUGUGA